GUAAGGGGACAGAGGCAGCAGAGGCUGACCAUGUGGAGGCUGCCAUCCUCGAGGAAGAUGAGGGUCUGGAGAUAGAGGAGCCCAGCGGCCUGGGGCUGAUGGUGGGUGGCCCCGACCCUGACCUGCUCACCUGUGGCCAGUGUCAGAUGAACUUCCCCCUGGGGGACAUCCUGGUUUUUAUAGAGCACAAGAAGAAGCAGUGUGGCGGUAGCCUGGGUGCCUGCUAUGACAAAGGCCUGGACAAAGGCAGCCCGCCACCCUCCUCGCGCUCCGAGCUCAGGAAAGUGUCCGAGCCAGUAGAGAUUGGAAUCCAGGUCACCCCGGAUGAAGAUGACCACCUGCUCUCACCCACGAAAGGCAUCUGCCCCAAGCAGGAGAACAUUGCAGGGCCGUGCAGGCCUGCCCAGCUGCCAGCGAUGGCCCCUAUAGCUGCCUCCUCCUCCCUCCCUCACACAUCCGUCAUCACUUCACCUCUGCGUGCCCUAGGCGCACUCCCGCCCUGCUUCCCGCUGCCCUGCUGCAGCGCGCGCCCGGUGUCGGGCGACGGGACUCAGGGUGAGGGUCAGACGGAGGUUCCCUUUGGAUGCCAGUGUCAGUUGUCAGGUAAAGAUGAGCCUUCCAGCUACAUUUGCACAACAUGCAAGCAGCCCUUCAACAGCGCGUGGUUCCUGCUGCAGCACGCGCAGAACACUCACGGCUUCCGCAUCUACCUGGAGCCCGGGCCGGCCAGCAGCUCGCUCACGCCGCGCCUACGCUCUCUCUCUUUCUGUCCGUGUGUCUGUCUCCCCAGCUCCAAGGAGGGCCGGCGCAGCGACACGUGCGAGUACUGCGGCAAGGUGUUCAAGAACUGCAGCAACCUGACGGUGCACCGGCGGAGCCACACCGGCGAGCGGCCUUACAAGUGCGAGCUGUGCAACUACGCGUGCGCGCAGAGCAGCAAGCUCACGCGCCACAUGAAGACGCACGGGCAGAUCGGCAAGGAGGUGUACCGCUGCGACAUCUGCCAGAUGCCCUUCAGCGUCUACAGCACCCUGGAGAAACACAUGAAAAAGUGGCACGGCGAGCACUUGCUAACUAACGACGUCAAAAUCGAGCAGGCGGAGAGGAGCUAA